UGUCUUUCCUCAGUUGCCUUCAGCAUUCAGUAAGAUUUAUCAAAAAUGCCAGGAGAAAAAAUAUACUCUUCAGGGAGGGAGCCAUAUUUCAAUUUGAACUCAACGUGGUAUGAUCCUGCAGGAUCCUGGCUGGAUACUCGCCGCAAACCAUUCCGCUAUGCCGACAAUACCUGCUGCAUCACUGGUUGCAACCGCAGAGACGACAUCCCAAGAAGAGGAGGCCAUGACUACCGGUGCUACGGCUACCGUCGGUCCACCUGCAGAUCAGGGGGUAACCCGAGAGUGAGAUGCUGUGUCCACAACCCCUCAGGAGGACCCCGAGAUUAUUGGGGCCGACCAAUUGGUGAUGCGUGCAACGGGUGUACGGGUGGACAUUAUUCUAACGAAGAGUCGAUCUCUGGAGAAGCAUGUUGUGGGUCUUCAGGAGGAUGCAGUACUGGAAGAAGUGUAUGUUCAAAGCAAGAAGGAUGUGGAACUGGAGGAAGAGGGGUAUGUUCUGAGCCUGGAAGAUGCGGCAAUGGAAGAAGAGGAGUAUGUUCUGAACCAGGAGGAUGUGGAAGUGGAGGAAGAGGAGCAUGUUCUCAGCGAGGAGGAUGUGCCAGUGGAAGAAGAAGGGCAUGA